CUGAGCAUCGCAAGGACAGUGAUCUGGUGAACAGAUAUUGUCUUAUGUUGUUUGUUUUUUUUGAGUAUAUUCAUUUCUUUCCUUAACAUCAUUAACCAUUCUCUGAGAGAAGUCUCAGAUAUAAUCUUACUUGACAUUAGUAAUUCUUCAACAAGUUGAACAAUGAAACAUAAAGAGAAGAGGAAACACCUGGAGAAGAAACUCUUACAAAGGCCUGGGGAAAAGUCAAAAUGCAGAAAAGGAAAGAUGGAUUUCCAAGAAUUUCUGCAGAGUAGAGGAGAGGAACUGGCCCCAAUUCAAGACCUCCAAGUGGCAGACACUUCUGCCUCAGCCUUGGAGGAAUUUGCCUGUGGAGAUAAAUGUCUGAAUGCAAAAUUGCAGAGCUUUUCUGUGGCUGCCCCUGAGGCACAUGAGGUGGUCCCAAGCUCAAGUCUGGAUGCAGGAGAGAAUUUCUCAGCCUCAGCACAUUUCCCCUGCAUUUCCUCUUUAAGCAUGCGCAUUCCUAUGGACCAGAAUGGCCUUGGAUCUUCUGAGAUGCUUCUAAGUCAAGAAUCGAUGAAGACAGAGAAUUCCUGCUUCAUGCCACAUUCUCAUUUACCUUUGACCUCUGCCAGUAGCCCCUCAGCAUCUACAGCAUCUACUGAAAAGAAAAGGAUAAUGAAUGUUUACUACAAGCCUGUCUCAGGGAAAAGGAGUGUGGCUGCUUUGGAGGAUAUGGAAGAAGAUUGGGAGCCUCCUGCAAAGAUGAUGAGAAUAGGAAAAGUUAUCUGUCCUGAGAGGAACCCUCCAACAGCCAGCUUCCCUGACAUGUGCCUAGCAGGCAUCCUAACUGAAGGUAAGGACAGCUUGGAUAGUGAAAAGCCAGAGGAAAGGGAAGAGGCUGAGAAGCCACCUAAGAAUCUGUCCCAGGAAGCAGGUCCCAGCGCCCAAACACCUGCAGGGCUGGAGGACAUGUACAGUGGAUUUAGAUGCAUGGGCUGCUGCCAGGUCUUCCCCAGUUUGCGGUUGCUUAAGAAACACCUGAAGCAUGGGGCUGAGGAAGAUGUUUCAUGCCUUAAUCUUGCAUUUGCCAAACUGAAGAACAAAGGGAAGACAAGCAAGAUCUCAAGGAAGGAGAACACAAAUAUCCCAGAAGCAUAUGGAGAUGAUAUGGAGAUACUUUUGAAGGUCUUGUUAUUGUUGGCUUUCUAUAGCUUUUUGUUUUAUUAUUAUAAUAAAUAGA